UCGGCCCAUCCCCACCCCGCUCCACCCCGCACCUCCUCACAAACGCGUAUUGCCUCCUACGCCCCCGGAUCCGCUGCUCCACCCCCCAACUCCGUUGCCACACGCCCUUGCACAAGCGAGCGAGCAACCAUGUCGCCGGCGGAGCAGACGCGAGACGAGAGCGUCUACAUGGCCAAGCUUGCGGAGCAGGCCGAGCGCUACGAGGAGAUGGUGGAGUUCAUGGAGCGCGUCGCGAAGGCCACCGGCGGGGCAGGGCCCGGGGAGGAGCUAUCCGUCGAGGAGCGCAACCUGCUCUCUGUGGCUUACAAGAAUGUCAUCGGGGCCCGGCGCGCGUCCUGGAGGAUCAUCUCCUCCAUCGAGCAGAAGGAGGAAGGUCGGGGCAACGACGCGCACGCCGCUACCAUCCGCUCCUACCGCAGCAAGAUCGAGGCCGAGCUCGCAAAGAUCUGUGACGGCAUCCUCGCCCUGCUUGAUUCCCACCUCGUGCCAUCCGCCGGAGCUGCCGAGUCCAAAGUCUUCUAUCUCAAGAUGAAGGGCGACUACCACAGGUACCUUGCAGAGUUUAAGUCUGGUGGGGAGAGGAAGGAAGCCGCCGAGAGCACCAUGAACGCGUACAAAGCUGCUCAGGAUAUCGCCCUAGUAGAUUUGGCUCCAACACACCCCAUCAGGCUUGGGCUUGCACUCAACUUUUCUGUGUUCUACUAUGAGAUCUUGAACUCCCCUGACCGUGCCUGCAACCUUGCAAAACAAGCCUUUGACGAGGCUAUAUCAGAGCUGGACAGUUUAGGCGAGGAAUCCUACAAGGACAGCACUUUAAUCAUGCAGCUCCUGCGUGACAAUUUGACUCUAUGGACAUCCGACACCAAUGAGGAUGACGUUGAUGAGAUUAAGGAAGCCCCAGCUCCAAAAGAAUCUGGAGACGGACAGUGAGGUGAAUGAAAAUAACAGUCUGUGCAUUGUUGGGGGCAAUGGAAGUCGGUCUUGGUUCUAGUGCUCAUACUGUUGUCAUCACUACCUCUGUUUAAUUAUGCACUUGAGAAGUUUCUGGGCUAUGUUUUUCUGGUGCUCAUAAAUGCUGGCUGGAUUCGUGUUUUCUUGUUCAAAUCUGGCCACAAGCAAAAGACCUGCUCUUUUUCACCAUUAGAAUGUUUGCUAUAUCUACCAUGUUUGGUGAGACUUGAUGCGACUAGACUAAUUUGCUGAAAUUGCGGUAUCCUGUUCAUGUUUGGCUGAACUACAUUCUGACAAGAUGGUUUGCGCAAAGAUGUUCAUUUGCACGUGCUAGCUGUGGCAUGGCCUCAAUCGAUUGAGAAGAAUGUCAAGGUUCACCUGAUUGAUGCUUUUCUUGGCCCAGUUUUCGUUGCAACUAGAAGCAAAGGUGCGCUUUGCUGCGCUGUUCCUAUCAUUCUUGGCAUUGUCAUGGUGAUUGAUAUGGCAAAUAAUCCGAUGCGCUGCAAGAAUUUCUAUCUAGUCACCUUCCUGAAGAAUGUAACGUGAGCUAAAUGAGGAAUGUUAUACAAAGUUAAUCUGUAAUAAGAGGACACAUUCUAAAUAAAAGGAACCAUUAGCU